AAGGUGACACGUCUUGGAUCUUGGCGGGACAUUCAGCCUUAAACAGCGAUUUAGGAUUUUAGCUGAUGUCAGUUCGUGAUGAAAAUUUUAAAUCUAAUUCAUAACCCUAACCAACUGUAUAUCAUAAUCCUUAUUCUUCACAUAGGUUUAUAGCUCCCAUUUAGCCCUAACAAGUAAAUGGACACCCUCAAGGCUGCUUUAAUGUCGCUCAAAGGUCAUCCAUAAGUUAUAGUUUCACCGAAUUUUGGUUACAUCAUUUAUGUAUACAUAAGUCCUAAUUCUUAGUUCCGAUCUCUAUCCAUAUCUUAAGUUCUAUAACGGAGAUGCUAAGCUAUUCAUUUAUACUUACUGCCUUCUGAAUAGCUUGAUAGAAUCUGACAAGGUAGUUUAAAGACUCACAAGUCCGCUCUUAUACUGCUUAUAACCAGUGCUUGUAGCUGUUUGUUUUUCUAUUCGUGUAAAACAUUACUGAUCCAGGAGGCUCUGGUUAGAAAUUCUAGUGUAGAUAACAAAGAUUAUUUUAUCGUCAUUAGUAAAACUACGAUAAGCGCUACAAAACCGAGAGCCUUCGAUAAAGAACGAACUCUUAUAGAACAGCAAGCUAAUCUUAUGUGAAAGUUAUAUCUCGAGUCACUUCGACAGAGAAUCUAGAUAUAUUAGUGACUUAAAGAGUCAUAUCAUGAAAGGUACAGUUGAUGGUGAAUAGAAAUCAUAGAAGAGGCAAAGAAGGAAAGGUCAAAUUGUUCCUGAUACUAUUGCGUGGAGCUUGGAGGGGUCGAGUGACUCGGAUCCUGAAUCUAGACUUUCAUAUGCUUCAUAUUAAGUUGAGCUGUUUGUCUGUCUCCUAUUCCCGACUUAUUCAUCAGGUACUCAUGUCAAGAACUAAUAAGUUUAAGCAAGAGAGCCUAUAGUAGUACUGAUUCCCCGCCACGUAUACUUAUUAAGGUUCCUAGGGUUUGAGUAACAAAAUCUCAAGUUAACUUGUUCUCAGGAGAAAGAUAAUAGCAAUACGCCGGUGUAACUGGAAGAUAGAAUCAAGAGGAAAACGGGUGUGUCAGAACGAGUAGUCUGGAGACUGUUUAGUGUGACUACAAACUACCACUCGCUACUUAUUGAAAUAAACAAGACUGGUAUGGUAACAAGAAAGAAAAUAAGACUACAGAAGGAUGCUUUAUUCAGCAGUUACUAAUUAAUACAUUCACAAUGAGAGUUACAUAUCAUUUUAAAUGUUCGGUCAGUGAAUAAAUUUGGACGAAAGUAACUAAAGUUAGUCAAUAAUCUAACAUGCAGUAUGAUUUUCAUAGUAAAUAAAUAAAUUGACUUGACUGAAAAAUAUUACUCACUCCUAGUUUGUAUGUUUGUUUUAUUCCUAACAAUAGCUACCACUAGGUUAACUUUACUAUUGUUUUGGUAAAAUAAAUGAAAAAUAUUAUUUGGGCUGGUGUUCUACGUCAUGAGGAAGGAAUGUUUUUCUGUCUAAAGGACGACAGGCUCUUAGAUCACGUCUUUCAUGUUAUUUGUUUAUUAUAUUUGAACACAUCUUUCAUGUUUGGCUAAUCUGAUUCCGAAAUUAGAUUUGGCUUUAGCAAAAGGCGAAAAUAUUCCGGUAGAUGUAAUUUUUAUGAACCUCAGUAAAAACUUUGAUUAGAUCUCUCAUUUGGGUCUUUGAGCAAAGUGGGAAGGCUUCGUAAUGGAUUAUACAUCAAGAUCAGACUGAUGAAUUUCUUAGUGAUAGGAGGCAACGUGUGAGAGUAAACAGCACUUUGUUAUUGUAAGAAUAUGUGAAGGCUGGAGACUGGUGUUUGUUAGCAGUAAAUUCUAGCAUGCUCAUGGUAUGGUAAAUAGAUCGUUGUGACGAAUUAUGCAAGUAGAUAAUAGAUGAAGUGCUUUCAACUAACAUCAAUAAUACUAUUUUAAAAGCCACAGCAAUUAAUGAGCACAGAAUCAUGGGUAACUAAGAUGGCGCUGCCAAAAGUUUCCUUAUUUUGUAGGUAAUCCGUAAAGCCUGUCAUAACUUGGAGAAAAAUACAUCUAGGAUAUUCUGCCCGACGUAUGUGAGACCUCGUUUGAAAUACCGAGUUCAGUCAACGAAUCGUUGUUCCAAAUAUGAAACGGAUAUUCUGCGACGGGUUUAACGACGAGGAACCAAAACUGCAGUCUUUCUGACUUGUCUUAUCAAUAGGCUGGGACGCUUCAACCCAUUUCUGUUAUCCGACAGUAGAUCGUGGGGUGACGUAUUACAAUGUACUAAACAUUGGUUUUUGUACUAAUAUGUUCUAUCUUUCUUUUCAGGUAGUCUGAAAGGAUAUUCUCAGAUAGUUCCAAACCAAGAUCAAGUCGUUUAAAUCUGGAGUUGUUAAUUACUGGAAUUCUCUGACAGAAAACGUAGUAUCAGAACUUGUUGAUACAUUCGAAGAGAUAUUGUAUCUUCACAGUACUAUAAAUCUCAAUGGUUAACAUGGGUCACUUGACCUCUUACCCUUACUCCUGAAAACUGACUGCAUCCUAUGUACGGGCUUACUGAAUUUUUGGCUCACAUCUCUUGUUCCUUAUCCUUCCAAAUUUCCACUAUUCUCUGCACGUUUUCCAGUACUGAUAGUACCUCCAGGGUAGACACGAAUAGCUGAAUAUUUUCAUCUCAUCAAGGGAUUUACUUCUAAGACGAUUUUAGCUAUCUGACCGAGUUACGCACAACCUGCGUUGUCAUAUUUCGAUUUUCAACAUUUUGUGAACCAUAAGAAUUCGGUUGGAUUUUUCAGUCUCCAAAAUUUAAUAUUUAAGUUAUGACUUCCACUUCACGUCAUAGUAUAUCUAAUAUUUGGCAAUAAAGAGGUGACAAAACGUCGUGUGCGACUAUCACUUAGUCACUCAACUUAAAUAGCGGUACCUAGUUUUGGCUGUAUUCAGAGACCUAUGCUUCACGAGGGCUAACUGGUGUGAGGAGUCAUAAAUGUAUGAACUGCUUGAGUACGAGGCUUCUAUUCUUGUCGACAUUCACCACGAAAGCUCAUUGCUGGUGCUUGCUGAUGGUCUGGGAAUGGAUACAAUUAUUUAUAACACACUAAGGUUACAUUCAGAUCCUCACAACUUAGUGCUUGUUUCGAACUAUCGUCUCCCAGAAGCUCGUUUUCUAACAGGUAUACUGAAAAAGAAUGGAAUAAUCCACUCUCCUGGAAUAAUUACUGCCGAGGUAAAUAAUAAGGAACGUGAGGCAAUUUACAAGCGAGGUGGUGUGGUAUUUGUCAGUUCUCGCAUAUUAGUUGUGGACUUACUGAUGGAAAGAAUGCCUGCCACUUUGGUUUCCGGUGUCUUAAUUCUUCGAGCACAUGAGCUACACGAGGCUUGUCAAGAUAGUUUCGCUAUUCAGCUUCUCAGAGAACGCAAUCCGCAGUUGUUUAUCAAGGCUUUCAGUGAUAAUUCAUUGUCUUUGACUUCUGGUUACAAUCAUGCAGAAAGGAUUAUGUUGCAGCUGGGUAUUUCAAAGCUUGUUCUUUGGCCAAGAUUCAAUAUGCAGGUUGUUUCUUGUCUAAAUGAAAGCCAACCUGAUGUGGAAGAAGUUCGCGUAAAGUUGACUUCAGAAAUGAUUAUUUGUCAGUCGUGUAUACUUGACCUUAUGAAGGCCUCAUUGAAAGAAUUAUGCGAUCAAAAUCCAACACUAAAUACGGACGAUCUUACCUUAGAAAAAGCUCUGUUACCGAAUUUCGACAGUCUUGUCUCGUUAUACGUUGACCCUGUAUGGAAUCAGCUCAGUUCAGUCAGUCGACGUCUUGUCGGAGAUAUUUCAAGCUUGAGGCGUUUACUCCACUUAUUGAUUGAAGGAGAUGCUGUCAACUUUUUAACCAAUAUGGAAGGUUUACGUCAAGCCGCUUUAGCAAGUUUAGGCGUAACUCAAAAGAGUGAAAUAAAUUCAAAAAGGGCUGCUUCAAGAGGUUGUCCUAGUUGGUUUUUGAUGGAUCAAGCUGAUCGUCUUUUGGCGUCUGCAAGGUCUCGUGUAUAUGCUGAUUACAGCAAAAAAUUAUUAAAUGUUGAGAUUAGUCCUAAAUGGAAAGCACUUGUUGAACUACUAAAAGAAAUCUAUACCAACACAACUGAUCAAACAUUAAGUAAUACCAUAUUAAUUCUUGUCAGUCGUGAAAAUACAGCAAGGUAUCUUGAACGUUAUUUACAACGUGGAAUACAAUCUAUUAAGAAGUUUCUUAUUCAAACUUCAGAUUUACCUGAGUUACAGUCGCAUAAAAUACUACAGAAGUCUGCCAAAUUAAUGAAUCCGAAAUCUUCUGGAGAAUCAUCCGUAACUACUCUAACACAAAUUUGCAAAAAAUAUAAAUUUGAUGAAUUGUGUGGAGAUAAUGAUGACACUUCAUCCUCAUCAGAGGAAAAUUGUAAAAUGGAUAAUACUGAAAAAAUCACUAACAAUAAUAAUCGCUUGCCUUUAGGAUGUCAUGAAGUUAGCAUUCAUCCUAGUUUAUUAAUUUCAUCCAAUAUAAAGAUGUCUAAUUCACUUAAAAUUAUUAUACGUGUAACACCAACAUUUUCAGGUGAUGAAAAUAGUCAGUUUUAUGGGUCAGCAAAAGAUCACCAAGAUGAGUCCGAUUUAUUUGUACAACAAUAUGGUUAUCGAUUAUCAUAUAUUUUAGAUGUACUUCAACCUAAUUAUGUGAUAUUAUAUGAGCCCAAAUUAUCAUGGGUCAGAGAAUUAGAAGUGUACAAUGCACGUCUUCUAAUUCAACAUUUUUCAAAAAGUGACUCUUCAAGUAACAUCAGAGAGCUUAAUAAUUCUUUACCUUCAUUAAAAAUAUAUUUUGUACUGUAUGAAAAUUCCGUUGAAGAACAACGAUAUUUAACAAGUUUACGUAAAGAAAAAGAAGCAUUUGAAUCUCUUAUUCAGCUAAGUAGCACUCUUGUUAUACCAAAAGAUACAACAAUACCAUAUGGAAAAUUACACGCAGGUGAUAAUCAAGCAGUGUCUCGUGUAAUUGUAGAUAUGCGUGAAUUUCGUAGUGAGCUACCAGCACUUUUACACAGAAAAGGAUUAAAAGUAGAACCUAUGACUUUAAGUAUUGCAGAUUAUAUUCUUGCUCCGCAUUUGUGUGUUGAAAGAAAAUCUGUUAGUGAUCUCAUUGGUUCUCUUAACUCUGGACGACUAUAUCAUCAAGCUACUGCAAUGUCACGUCAUUAUGCAAGUCCAGUUCUCCUAAUUGAAUUUUCUAUACAUAAUAAAGUUUCUAGUUUAAAUCAUGGGAGUACAAGAGGAUUUCAUGGAAGUGAAGCAGUUGGUUUUACCUUGUACACUGGGCGACAUGCAAUUAACCCUAGUUCAGAGUUUAAUUCCCAUCAUCUUUUAUCUAAACUUGUUUUGCUCACUAUCCACUUUCCUAAUCUACGAAUAUUUUGGAGCAUGACUCCCUAUUGUACUGCAGAAUUGUUUGCGGAGAUCAAACUUGGUCGACCAGAACCAAGUGUUGAAAAACUUCCUCAGGAUGGUGAUCAUUUAGAGGAUCAUAAUGUUGAGGCUGUUGACAUGCUAUUAAAAUUACCAGGUGUAUCAUGGAAAAACUACCGGCGCAUAAUGAGUCAUGUUUCUUCUUUAUACGAUUUGGUUAACUGCAGUAUGGAAAGGUUAGCAGAAAUUUUGGAUAGCAGUGAAUCUGCUGUUAAACUGCACAAUUUCCUCCAUUCCAAAUGUAGUGGCUUAGUUUCGAAUGCCUCGACAGAUAUUGCUGAUGAAUCAUUCAAGUGUCAAAACAGACGUAAAGCCAGACUAAAUUUAUCAGCUUGUGUAAGAACACGUCGUGGGAAAGGUUGUGGGCCUAUCAAAAUGUAGCCCGAUUUAAUUAAUAAUGAUAAAUAUUUGUAACAAUCUUGUACAUAAAAUAAAAUUUAAGUUCCUA